AUUAUAGAGUAUAGUAUCAUUCAGGAUUUCUUUUGAAUCUGGGUUGAUUUUGUUGGUUUCCAUUGACUGAGUUACUCUAUCUACCACUAUUGUUCCUACCUCGAUUACUAUAUUCUACAUUGGUUAAUUGACUCAAGUCACUAUGUCCGACCGUGUUCUCAUCGCUGGUGGUGGAUUAGGCGGUCUUGCUCUGGCGCAGGGUCUACGAAGGAAUAACAUUCCCUUCUUGGUGUUAGAGCGAGACGCGAAGCAGGAUUUCCGCGCACAGGGAUACAGAUUACGAGUAUCCCAGGAUGAUCUGCCGUCUCUUCUCACGCCGGAUAUAUGGUCGCUGUUUGAGAAGACUGCUGCUAUCGAUGGACCCCCGGGGUCUGGGGCGAGAUUGGAUGCUGUCACUGGGCAGCCGUUUCCCUCAGGUGCUCUGGGGGGUGGACCGCCGCCUGGGAUUCAUGGACAGUUGAAGCCGUUUACGGUGGAUCGCGGGACGAUGCGCGAAGUGCUUCUCACUGGGCUUGGAGAGGAUGUGCAUUUCGGAAAACGGUUCACGCGGUAUGAGGUUAAGGAGGAUUGCGUGGUCGCGCAUUUUAGCGAUGGGAGCUCGUAUGAAGGGGCGAUGUUGGUGGGCGCGGAUGGGGCGCGGUCGCAGGUCCGGAAGCAGUUUUUGCCGGAGUAUCCGUUUGUGGAUACGGGGAUGCGGAUGAUUUAUGGGAAGACGUAUAUCACGCGGAGUCUGGAGGAGAGGAUUCAUGAGAAAGGUGUGGAGGGGAUGUCGCUGGCUGUGGAUGGGGAUUCAAAGGCGCCGAAGACGUUGCUGUUUGAGCCGAUGCGGCUCCCGAAAGGUGAAGGGUUGGGGAUCACCUUGCCGCGGGAUUAUGUCUAUUGGGUGCUUCUUGCUCAUCGGUCGCUUAUUCCAUUGCCGGACGAGGAGACGCUGAGGUUGAGUGGGGAGGAAUCCGCCCGGUUGUCCCUGGCAUUGACUGAGGAAUGGCACCCGUCUAUUCGGGUCCUGUUCGAGGAGCAGGACGUCACGCAAACAUCAACGUUGAGGAUGUCUUCGGUCAGGCCGGAUUUGCCGGCGUGGGAGCCCAAUCCUAGGGUGACGCUCCUCGGAGAUGCAAUCCAUGCCAUGCCCCCGACUGGUGGGCAGGGUGUGAAUACGGCAUUGCGUGAUGCGGCGGAACUGGUUCGAAGGCUCGUCGAGGCGAAGGGAUUCGGGCAGACGGGGGUGGAAGCCAUUGGGAAGUAUGAAGAGACACUGAGAGAGUAUGCGCGGGAGAGGGUCGGAGUGAGUUGGCAGGGAGGAUACAAGGCAUUUAAUCUGAAGUCUGUCGAAGAGUGUGAGAGUAUUGAUUUGUCGUGAUUGUCAUGAUGUUUAUGCGGAAGAGUUCAGUUACCGGUGCUGGGUUUUGGAUUGAGACUUGGGGUAGGGAGAUGAGGAAGGAAAAGAGAAAGAGAUGGUGUUAGCUAGCGAAAGUAAUGUAUAUAUCUGUAGUAAAUCAAGAUGAUUGCA